UUUUUUAUCAGCCAAAUAUCGUGAUGAAUUUGACGCAUCGUAACUGAGAACGAUUGUAUUUAAAUUUCCAUCCAGGAAAAAAUUCAAAAAAUUUCAGAUAAUACACUUAUUAAGACUAAUUAAAACGUAAUUCGCGUGAUCGUAUCUACUAUCUAUCAAAACAGCUCAAAAUAUAAAAAGAGCACAUUACUUGAAUCUUUCUUCAUAUAACUGGUUCAUUUUCGUGAAUUUUUUCAUUUGACUGGAGCUCUUUAUAAAACAUUAUUUUUCAAAUGUCACAGGAAUUCGACGAAAUGGUUACUACCAACGGUCAAUCCGACCAACAUUUCAAGAUUAUUAUUGUCGGAGGUGGCUUGGUUGGUUCACUAGCGGCAAUAAAUUUUGCGAAAAAAGGACACGAUGUUCAUUUGUAUGAGUACCGAGAAGAUAUCCGUAAAAUUGAGCUUGUUAAAGGGCGGAGUAUUAAUUUGGCGCUUUCUGCACGUGGUCGAAGGGCACUUGCUGAAGUGGGAUUAGAGGACAAAUUACUAAAGCAUGGAAUUCCAAUGCGUGGACGAAUGUUACAUGAUCUUGCUGGCCGAACGCAAGCCGUUCCUUACGACUCAAAUACGAAUCAGUGCAUUUAUUCAGUUGGUCGUAAGCAUCUGAAUGAAGUUUUACUAAAUGAAGCUGAGAAGUAUUCGAAUAUUCAUUUGAAUUUCAAUAGAAAAAUGACAAGUGCAAAAUUGAGACAGCGUCAGGUUACAUUUCAUGAUGAAAAAAAUGAUGGAAUCGAAAAUGUAGCGGGAGACUUGAUUGUGGGCUGUGACGGAGCAUUCAGCGCGGUGCGUCGUGCUAUGCUACAAGUACCCGGAUUCGACUUCAGUCAAACAUACAUCGAUCAUGGCUAUAUUGAAUUGUGCAUACCGCCUGUCAACGGAGAGUUUCAAAUGGAGGUGAACUAUUUGCACAUUUGGCCACGUGGAAAAUUUAUGAUGAUUGCAUUACCAAAUCAAGACAAAUCGUGGACUGUUACUUUGUUCAUGCCGUUUUCAAAUUUUGCCUCAAUCGUCACAAUUGAUGAUCUAUUAACAUUUUUCACCGAAAAUUUCCCCGACUCUAUUGACUUUAUUGGUGAAAAGCGUUUGAUUGACGAUUUUUUCAAAGCAACACCACAACAUUUAGUAUCGAUUAAGUGUCGUCCAACUUAUGUUGAUCCAAAUUUUUUAUUGCUGGGUGAUGCUGCCCACGCAAUGGUACCAUUUUAUGGUCAAGGGAUGAAUGCCGGAUUCGAAGAUUGUACCAUUCUUAGCCAGAUUCUUGAUCAACACCAAAAUCACUUUCAUUUGGCAUUAAAAGAAUUUAGCGAUUGUCGAUGGCCAAAUGCAGAAGCAAUUUGUGAUUUGGCCAUGUACAAUUACGUUGAGAUGCGAGAUUUAGUACGGAGUAAAUCUUACCGUCUUCGUAAAAUAUUGGACGAUUUUUUGUAUCGAAUUUUUGCAAAUUACUGGAUUCCUCUAUAUAAUUCGAUUUCAUUCAGCCACAUGCCGUAUAAACAAUGCAUCGAUAAUCGAAAAUGGCAAGAUAAGAUUUUAUCACGAAUAAUGGUAUUUGGUUCAAUAUCAUUUGCUGGGAUUUUGGGAUUUGUAUACAUCUACUCAAAACGUUGAAGGAUGAAUCGUGAAUAUUUUCCCAUAAUUGUGAUACUAAAAUGUAUCAUUUCUCCAGACGGAGAGAGAAUACCAGAAUAUUUCCCGACUGCUUCAGUAUUCUGCAGAUAACUAG